CAGCCUGGCUCCAUGGAGGAGCAGGAAGACAACUUUGUGCUCUCCCUUGGAGCCAACACCAGCAAGUGCAGCCUUGAGACUAACCAAACACAGGCCCCAGCGUACUGGUCAGGAGCAAGCAGGGGUGGCCCGGAGGUGUUGAUCGUACCAGUGCUUUUUGGGUUGAUUUUCCUCCUGGGAAUGGUGGGAAACACGUUAGUGUUUGUUGUUUUGGGACGUCUCCGGCCUGGGGGACGCCCAUCACGCAGCACUACCAACAUCUUCAUCCUGAACUUGAGCAUUGCAGACUUCUCCUUUCUGCUGUUCUGCGUCCCCUUCCAGGCCACCAUCUACUCCUUGCCAGAGUGGAUCUUCGGUGCCUUCUUUUGCAAGUGGGUUCACUAUUUGGCCAUGGCAACAAUGCUGGUGAGCAUCUUUACUCUGGUGGCUAUGUCUGUGGACAGAUACAUUGCUGUGGUCCAUGCCAAGCGUUCACUCUGCAUCCGCAGCAAGCGCAACGCUGCCCUUGGCGUGGGUGUCAUCUGGCUGCUGUCUCUACUCAUUGCCAUCCCUGUAGCCCAGCACCAGGCCCUCAUGAGUGGUCAUCAGCAAGCACCCAACAGCUCUUUCUGCUGGGAGCACUGGGCAGAUAGUUCAACAGCCAAGCAGAUGUACAAGAUUACCAUCCUGCUGGUGGGAUACCUCCUGCCUCUGGUGCUCAUCACCUGCUGCUAUGCCAAGGUUUUAUAUCAUCUCCAUACGAAAGUAAAGAACAUUUCCAAGAAGUCAGAGAGAUCAAAGAAGAAGACAGCGCAGACAGUGCUUCUUUUGGUCACCGUCUUCCUGCUCUCCUGGUUGCCACACCACAUCAUCACGAUGUGGGCAGCGUUUGGGCAUUUUCCCCUGAACAACAUCUCCUUCACCUUCCGCAUCAUCUCUCACUGCUUAGCCUACGGGAACUCUUGUAUCAACCCCAUCAUUUACGCUUUCCUCUCCGAAAACUUCCGCAAGGCCUGCCGGCAAGUCUUCACCUGCAAGUUCUUCCUGCGGCCGGUUCUCACUGAUAAACUGGUCAGAAUAUGCAUGGAGAACUUCUCUACCACGCACUCGACCACUAAUGUGUAAAUGGGGCUCACAAAUACAUUUCAGGAGGAAGAGGAGGGGAAAGGAUGCUGUCUGG